AUGUGCAAUUUCGGCGCCCACGUACGCACGGCAGUUCAUCGCACAUUUAAUGUAGAACCUUUGUACUUACAACAUGAAAAUUCCGGUGUGUCUGUUGAUUAUAUGCAUUGGCAAAUUCCAUUGAGUCGUCGAUUUAGAGCACUUAAAAUUUGGUUCGUUCUACGUUCGUUUGGCAUUAAAGGCUUACAACGUCACAUACGUGAAGGUGUCCGCUUAGCGCAGAAAUUUGAGGCAUUGGUCUUAGCAGACCACCGUUUCGAGAUACCAGCCAAAAGAUAUUUGGGCUUAGUAGUUUUUCGUAUUAAGGGAGACAAUGAAAUAACUGAGCGAUUAUUAAAACGUUUAAACCACCGUGGAUUUCUGCACUGUAUACCAUCCUCACUAAAAGGUAAAUAUGUCAUUCGAUUCACAGUCACCUCGACGCACACAACUGUUGAUGAUAUACUCAAGGAUUGGAAUGAAAUAAGACGAGUGGCUUCCAUUAUAUUAGAUGAAAUGAAUAUAACAAUAAUGAAUAAGAAUAAAGUAUACUUAAAAGACACCAAAGACAAGAGUGAAGCAUUUGGUUCAAGCGCUUUCUAA